AUGCCUGUCUUAGAUGUCAAGCUGAAAACAAACAAGAGGAUUGUGUUGUGGUCUGGGGAGAAUGCAAUCACUCCUUCCACAACUGCUGCAUGUCCCUGUGGGUGAAGCAGAACAACCGCUGCCCUCUCUGCCAGCAGGACUGGGUGGUCCAGAGGAUUGGCAAAUGAGUGGCGGGAGCUUGCUUAGUGCUGUUCACAGCCCUGGUGGACGUUGCUGUCACGUGGCCAACGAAGGCGCAGGCCCUGCGGCAAGAAGGCGGUGGGUCUUGGUCCGUUGGGACAGUCCGAGGCAUGAUUUAGCAUUUUGUCGGCCUAAUUUUCAGGAAUUCUCGACGAUUAAGAAGAUAAUUUAUUAAAGAUAGUCUUUCCUACCUCUGUGGUGUGUGUCACAUACACUGCUUAGAAGUGCUGUAAAAAGGAGAAAAGUCCAAAUCAAAUGACCCGUAUAAUCUACCUGUCACGAUACAAAGGGCUGUAGAACAAGUUCCAUUCACAGGAGAACGUUUUGCAUGCUUACGGUUCAUGAGAUAAAAAGAGACCGUGUUAUAGUAAUAAAUAAAGUGCAGUUUAAAAUUCAA